UUGGCUCCGCGCCACCGGGGUCCACCGCGACCCCAAGACAACCGCACCCGCUGUUGUAAAUUACACUCUAUAACUAUAGCAAUAAGAGCUCGUCGUGUCUGUCGCAUGCCGUUAUCAGGCUAUAAACAGGAAACCGAAGCGUCCACUCCAUGUUUAAUAGUCGCUGAUGCUACCGUAGUGUUCCAGUGCCAGUGCCAGUGCCAGAGGCCUCCUAAUUCAAGUUUGUUUGAUCGCUUGCCGCCGGCCGCCGCUCGCCGCCUGCCCGCUACAUUAGUCGCGUGCCGUCCGCCGAGGCGCUCGUACAUGCCCUCUCACCGACCUCCCGUCUCCUGCACCCCGCUGACUCCCGCUGCUGUUGAUCCUCGUCGUUGCGGACUUGAGCGAGCCGUCCUUCGAGCUAAUCGAUCUGUGACCAUUACAAUGUUACACGGACUGGUGCUAUACCGCGGCGUCACACGCUCCGUGGCCGCUACUACAGCAGGAGCAUUCACUAUCGCUCAAUAA